CUAAACCUCAAGAAAGAAACUUGAGGCCUUGACCUUGACGCACCAGGCCCCGCCCUUUACCAAGAAGCAUCAAAUCGGCUGAACGCAAACCCCCACCACGCCACCGCCGAUCGCAUCGCGACCAUGGACGACGUUGUCACCGACGCGCCGCCGCCGUCCCGCUUUUCCCCCGACGACCUCGACAACUUCGCCGCAUCCCUGCCGCAGCCCACCCCCAUCCUCGUCGCCUCCCCAAACCCUAGCCCCGCCCCGCGGCUCCUCGUCGUCCUCAUCUCCCCCACCUCCCUCGCUCUCCUCCCCUCCCCGCCGCCUCCUCUCCACGCCUCCCUCCUCCUGCCAGACCUCCCCCUGCAGCAGUCCCGCGCGCCCAUCCGCGUCUACCUCCACCCGUCCUCCGGCGCCCUCCUCGCGGUUGCCCACGGCGCUAUCCCCACCCACCGCGCGCGCGCCGCCGCCAGGAGCCUCAUCUCCGGGCUCCAGCCGGAGGAGGUCCUGGUCCUCGACGCGGUCCGGAGCGGCGCGUACAGGGGCAGGCUCGCGGCGGACGAGCUGGUGGAGGGGAAGCUGGAGACCGGGGCGGCGCGGCGACGGGGAGGCGUGGGCGCGGCCAAGGGCGUCGCGACGUUGGCCCCUCCGGGGAGCGUGAUGGACGGGCUCGGCGCCGCCGUGAUGACGGAGUGCGAGAUCCGGGGGAAAGCCGCGAGCAUGGUGGUGACCUGGCCGGCGGCCGCCAGGCCAUCCGACUUUGGGGUCAUGCGGCGCGUUGCGGCGGAGCUCGGCGUGGAUCUGAAGGCCGCGGCCCGGGUCUCCGGCCGAGCCGGGUUGGGCGCGCUGUAUACUUGAGAUGAUAUGAUAUCCCUUCCACUUCUCUGUGCUCAUGGUUCGUCAGUGGUGUUGUUUGGCUUUUGCAUUUGAGAAGACAAGUUUUAAGAGAAAAAUCCGAGAUGUAUCAGGAAUUCAGUAUUCAGCAAAUUAAAAUUACAUUACAGUGUUGAGUGUUCC